AUGUUCCGUCUCAGCUCAAGCGCCUGCGCAGCGAUAUUCGUUGCCGCGCUCUCUGCCACGGCUGCCUGCGCCGACCCGGCCAUCGUCUACUCCGUUGGUGGUAAGUUCGACGGCUCAUUCAACGAGAGCGCCUUUGCCGGCGUGAAACGGUACAUGGAAGAGACCGGCGAGAAUGUCAGGGAAUUCGAACUGGAACGCGACGCCCAAAGUCUGCAGGCGUUGCGCAAUUUUGCAAGCAGGGGCAACGCACCUGUCAUCGCGAUAGGCUUCAACCAGGCCAACGCCCUGAAGCAGGCGGCGGAGGCUUUUCCAAAUUCCGACUUUGCGAUCGUCGACAUGGUGGUCGAUCAGCCUAACGUGCGUUCCUAUGUCUUCAAGGAGCACGAAGGUGCCUAUAUCGGCGGCCUGCUCGCCGCGAUGGCUUCGGAGUCUGGCACUGUCGGUUUUGUCGGGGGCAUGGACAUCCCGAUCAUUCAGAGAUUUCUCUGCGGCUACAAACAGGGUGCCUUGUCGGCCGACCCUGACAUCAAGGUGCUGUUCAACAUGACCGGCGACACGCCUGCCGCGUUUGCCAAUCCGGUUCGUGGAGGCGAAUUGGCAACUGCUCAGAUCAAACGUGGUGCUGAUGUGGUGCUUCAGGCAGCGGGUGGCACCGGGCUUGGCGUGUUGCAGGCUGCCGCGGAUGCGGGCGUGCUGGGCAUCGGGACGGAUAGCAACCAGAAUGGACUGCACAAGGGCAAGGUUCUGACGUCGAUCCGCAAACGCGUCGACAACGCCGUGUUUGACAGCUUCAAUUCUGCCCGGGAAGGCUCGUUUUCGCCGGGUAUUCAAGUCCUUGGCCUUGCGGAAGGUGGUAUGGACUGGGUUCUGGACGAGAACAACAGGCCAUUGAUUUCCGAUGAAAUGAAAACUGCGGCCGAUGCGGCAGUUGCCGGAAUAUCAGACGGAACCAUCAAGGUUCAUGAUGUCAUCAGUGACGGAGUGUGCCCAUACUGA